AUGCCCAUAUCUGAAGCCCAAAUGUUCAAUGAACCCAUAUCACCACCUUCCUCAACACCUUCAUCCCCACCUUACUAUACCAUCUCCUCCGACUCUGAGCCAUCUGACCCACAAUCUCCCACUCUGGCUCAACUUCAGGCUCGUGCCCUCUUUACACACAACCAACCUGAACCAGAAACAAACAUUCCAUCACCCUCUGAACAACCACCAACACCUCCAUUUGAACCUCACAACGAAACUCCCUCUGAAAACCCCAUCAUCCAUAACUUUAAACCUCCCAUUGAAACCACCCCCUCAACACCAACACCUACAUCUCCUAUCCCUAAACCAAAACCUACCUUUCCCACCCUGGAAGAAGCAGUAACCUUAUUUGUUGAGUCUUUAGUGGAAAAGAUUAGAUCAUUAUCUGAAAACUCUAGUAUCAGUGACGAUCCCUCUAUAGCACGUCUGGCCAGAGAGGCAGAAGAGAAGGCCAGAAGAGAAGUCGAAGAGAAGGCUCGUCUGAAAGAAGAACAAAGAGCAAGAGAAGCUGCAGAGAAGGUUGUUGCUGCUGCUAAAGCUGAAGCAAAAGAAAAGGCUAAUGCUGAAGAAGAAGCACACAUAGCUGCAGAAGAAGCUGCUAAGGCAAGGAAUGAUGCUCUGACUCGGGGGGAGCAAUCUCACUCUGACUUUGCUCUUCUAGUGUUGAAGACUUUGGAAGAGCUAUAA